CCUCGUUAACCUCCGUCCCGAGUUUGCUUUCCUCACUUUCCCCGAAUCCCCACAGAAACUCCCCCAAAUCCCUCGCCGCCGCCGCCGAGAUGUCUCGCCGUUACGACAGCCGCACCACGAUCUUCUCGCCGGAGGGCCGGCUGUACCAGGUGGAGUACGCGAUGGAGGCGAUCGGGAACGCCGGCUCGGCCCUCGGCAUCCUGGCGGCCGACGGCGUGGUCCUCGUGGGCGAGAAGAAGGUCACCUCCAAGCUCCUCCAGUCCUCCCGGUCCGCCGAGAAGAUGUACAAGAUCGACUCCCACCUCGCCUGCGCCGUCGCCGGGAUCAUGUCCGACGCCAACAUCCUCAUCAACACCGCCCGCCUCCACGCGCAGCGCUACGCCCUAUCCUACCAGGAGGCCAUCCCCGUCGAGCAGCUCGUCCAGUCCCUCUGCGACACCAAGCAGGGCUACACCCAGUUCGGAGGCCUCCGUCCCUUCGGUGUCUCCUUCCUCUUCGGCGGAUGGGACAAGAAACAUGGGUUCCAGCUCUACAUGAGCGACCCCUCCGGCAACUACGGUGGCUGGAAGGCCGCUGCCGUUGGGGCCAACAGCCAGGCUGCUCAAUCCAUGCUCAAGCAGGACUACCGCGACGGCAUGACCCGCGAGGAGGCUGUUGCCCUUGCUCUAAAGGUCCUCAGCAAGACCAUGGAUUCCACUAGUUUGACAGCAGAGAAGCUGGAGCUGGCCGAGGUGUUCCUGCAGCCUGGCACCGGAGAAGUGCAGUACCAAGUUUGCUCCCCUGAUGCCAUGGGAAAGCUGCUGGCGAAGGCUGGGCUCACGCAGCCAGCGCCCGAUGCCUGAUCUGCUGGUUUGCUGUUAGAUGGCUUAAUCAGUUAUGCUUCUGUUGUUUAAACCAAACUAUUCGACAAUUAUGUGUCUUAAUUUUCUGUCGAACAUGUUUGAUCGGUUAAGAAUAUUUGCUUUAUCUGAUGGAUUGGCUUUAAUUUUGUGAAACUA